UGAGCGGUGUGGAGGAAGUGGCGGCUGAUCUGGGUCCGCACCUUUUCCGGUAACACAGCACCGAGCGGCCGGAGAGAGAGAGAGCGGCGAGAGGGAGGCAGAGAGCGGCAAGAGCGGGGAGAAACGGCCCGGGGUCCGGGGGACGAUCGCCGCACACGCAGGGGGGAACGCGAGAAAGUCGGCCGAAUCAAUGACCUUUUGAGAGAUCUGCUUCUCCUGGAUGUCCCGCCGCAGAGACGCGCCGGAGAGCUUCGACUGUGGCGCGUUUUGGUGAGAAAAACCCGCGGCGGUGUGAGAUCCAUCGAGCGGGAGAGAGGAGGACAGCCGGCAGCCGAGGAGGAAGUGGGAACCCCGGGCUCGGACUGGGCCUGAUUUGGCAGAAAAAAAGCCCACUGUGUGUGUGCGUGUGCGUGUGUGUGUGAGUGUGUGUCAGAUCCAGCAGCACAACUGGAUUCAGGGCUUCACGUGUGGAUCCUGAAGGAAAUCUGAGCUCAAGUUCAGAACAAGUGGAUGUGAUUUUUAUCUCACUGGAUCAUGAACAUAAAUCCACACCCAGUUUUUCAUUCAUCCAGCUGCCAGUGAAGCCCAGCAGCUCAGGUCGCCACCAGUCCAGCUAAUUGUAACUUGAAUAUUGUGUGAGGCCUCCAGCAGCUGCACACUUUUCUAUUCAAACUUUUCUCUCACUGGAGAAGUCCUCGCUUUUCUUUCCUUCUACUAACGAAGUAUUUAUGCACAGCAAACAAGAUGGGGAAGGUGCUCUCCAAGAUCUUCGGCAACAAGGAGAUGAGAAUAUUGAUGCUUGGACUUGACGCCGCUGGGAAAACCACCAUCCUGUACAAGCUGAAGCUGGGACAGUCGGUCACCACCAUCCCCACGGUCGGUUUCAACGUGGAAACUGUCACCUACAAGAACGUCAAGUUCAACGUGUGGGACGUUGGCGGCCAGGACAAGAUCCGGCCCCUGUGGAGACAUUACUACACCGGCACCCAGGGCCUCAUAUUCGUGGUGGACUGCGCCGACAGGGACCGGAUCGACGAGGCCAGGCAGGAGCUCCACCGGAUCAUCAACGACCGGGAGAUGAGGGACGCCAUCAUCCUCAUCUUCGCCAACAAGCAGGACCUGGCCGACGCCAUGAAGCCCCACGAGAUCCAGGAGAAGCUGGGCCUGACGCGGAUCAGGGAUAGGAAUUGGUACGUUCAGCCGUCGUGCGCGACGUCGGGGGACGGACUGUACGAGGGCCUCACCUGGCUUACCUCAAACUACAAAUCCUAAUAUUCCCGCCCACCUUUAUCCCCCCGUCAUCACCAGCCUGGACACUCGGAGGCAGAAAAACGUAGCUGAGAAUUAAAAAAAAAACACAAAAAAAGCAAAUAAAACCACAACCUCUCCUAUGCUGAAGGGAGUAGCAGUUAUAUUUUUCUUUUUUUUUGUCACUAUAACCCCAGAUUUCAUUUAAACCAUUUUUUUCUCUCACUCUGUAUAAUCUGUUUAAUUAUCUGCUUUUUUUCUAUGAUUUCUCUUUUAUUUUUUCGGGGCUUUUUUAUAGCUUAGCUCCAGCUGCAUAUCCAAAAAGAAAACAGAAACAGUCCAGAGGACCAUUUGCCUACAUCAGCAUAUCACGGCUCCAACUGCCUCUGUAAUAUGUCAGAAUGUGUAUCAUGGAUCUGUUAGGACCUCGGAUUAAACCAACGAAACAAAAAAACAGACUUUCAUAACUGAUUGUACUGGGAUGAAUGAGCGUUUUCUCCUGUUGCAUCCAUAAGACACUAUGUGGACGCUGGAUAUUCACACACACUGUGAUAUGGAUAUAUAUUUUGUUGUUGUUUCAGGGUCUCUUUUUUUCCCUCCCAGAGCUUCCAUUUUACUGUUUUUUGUAGUUUCAGCUGCCUUAUAUAGACAUAAAAAGAAGAAGGUUGACCCCAGAAAUCAAGAAGUCGUCCUCAGCUGCUGCACUUUGGGAGGUAGAACAGAGCAGGUGGGGGAUUUAGCAACGAGCUGGCUGUGCACAUUUUCACAUUUUUUGACUUUUUGGACCCUGGCAAGUGUUUACGAAACCCCCCCCCCAGCCACCCUUCUCUCACCACCACCGGCCUCCCAGUGCUUCAAACUGCAGCGCUCCUCUUUUUGUUUUCUUUAUUCCUCAAAGCAUCAUCUUCUUCUUCUUCGGCCUGUAAGGUCCCACCAGCUCUCUGUUAAUCACUGUUUGAUUUCUUCCUUCUUUUUUUUCUUUUUCUUUUUUUUGCUAUGCUGAUGGAAUAAUAAAAAAAUAUAUCCAGA